GUCUUCAGAGGCUGAUAUACUGCAGCGCAUGACCUCAAACACACAUUUGUGUCCAGUCUCUGCAAUCUCUCAGGAAUCUCAAGUACUUUAUGUUCCCGGGUCACAAACUCUGGGCUACAUCAUGGGAUUUUCUGAAGAAUUUUAAGUGUGUAACUGCUUUCCCAUCCUCUCCUUGUACGUAUAUCAAAAACGGAUCACCAGUAUAACACUGAUGUACGUCUUUUAAGGCAGCUAAAGCCUUUGAAAAAUGACAGCUGGAGAGCAAAAUGAUUUGCUGGCAUCAGUGUUAUUUUAGCAUAAUUGAGAUUAUAUAUUUUUUUUGAAUUAGUUUUUAUUUUUAUAUUUUUCAUUUUCAUUUUCAUUUUAAUUAAAGUUUUAGAUAUUUUGUUGUGUAUUUGUCAUUUUUAUUUAUUGCUUUUUUUUUUUUUUAAAUAUGUAAAAAAUAUAUUAAUUUUUAUCCAUUAGCUUUUUAGUACAUCAAGCUAAACUAAAUAAAUUUUCUUCUGUUAAUUAAGUUUUUAUUUAGUUAGCUAUAAUAACUCUGGCUGGCACACCGAAGAGAUUGUUCACAUCAUUAAUAUGUGUUUGAGUUCAGUUUGCACCAGUGUUUCACAUGUUUAGUGUGAUUCUUAUUUGUUAGAGUCUUGUUAGCUUUCGUUCCUUCACAUGUGAAGAUGAACCAAGGCCUUGGGCAACUGUUCAGCUCAGAGCUUCGCGUCUCUUUGAUCCUCUCUCAUGUCAGAGGAGGUUUUUCUCUUUUGCUUUAUUGACACUAGUAGUUUCACCUCAGUAAAUAUUCCACUGAUUCCUGACGUUCACAUGACAUGAACUGUGGCGCUCUGAACUGAGCUGCUGUCUGUGUUCUAGGUAGGGAAUUGUCUGUUUCAGUGUCUGUUUUUCUGUAUAUAGAUUUUAUAUACAUGAUGGCCCUGAUUUGCUAAGAUCAGAGAGUGCUAAUUAGUGUGUGCACUUAGUUGAAGAAUAAUUUCACAAAUGAUGAUACAUGCAAGUAGGUUGGAUCCGUCUUUUAAAACAAGGCUAUUGCAUGUGGUGCUUGAACCAAGUACCAGCCACGGCUCUCACUGAAUGCCAUCAUUUAUUUAUUUAUUCGAUAAUAUACUGUAUAUAGGCUUACACUACCAUUCAAAGGAUUGGGGUCAUUAAGUUUUUUUUAAAGAAAAUUUAUAUUUUAUUUAUUAUUUAUAUUUAAAAUAUAUUUUAUUUUAUUCAGCAAGGAUGCAUUAAAUUGAUCAAAAGUAACAGACUUUUACAUUGUCACAAAAGAUUUUGGAGCAUUUAUCCACAGUGUAAGCUUCACAGCACUCCGGAAUCCCACGUGCCAUGUCCUUCACCACCACUGGUCCCUCCCAUCCUCAAGUGUCCUUCGCCAUCACUGGUCCCUCCCAUCCUCAAGUGUCCUUCACCACCACUGGUCCCUCCCAUCCUCAAGUGUCCUUCGCCAUCACUGGUCCCUCCCAUCCUCAAGUGUCCUUCGCCAUCACUAGUCCCUCCCAUCCUCAAGUGUCCUUCGCCAUCACUGGUCCCUCCCAUCCUCAAGUGUCCUUCGCCAUCACUAGUCCCUCCCAUCCUCAAGUGUCCUUCGCCAUCACUGGUCUCUCCCAUCCUCAAGUGUCCUUCGCCAUCACUGGUCCCUCCCAUCCUCAAGUGUCCUUCGCCAUCACUGGUCCCUCCCAUCCUCAAGUGUCCUUCGCCACCGCUGGUCCCUCCCAUCCUCAAGUGUCCUUCGCCAUCACUAGUCCCUCCCAUCCUCAAGUGUCCUUCGCCACCAUUGGUCCCUCCCAUCCUCAAGUGUCCUUCGCCACCAUUGGUCCCUCCCAGCCUCAAGUGUCCUUUGCCACCAUUGGUCCCUCCCAUCCUCAAGUGUCCUUCACCAUCGCUGGUCCCGGCCAGCCACAAGUGUCUUUCACCACCACUGGUCCCUCCCAGGUACAAGUGUCCUUUGCCCCCACUGGUCCCUCCCAGCCUCCUGUCUCCUUCGCCGCCGCCGGUUCCACCCAGCCUCCCACUCCCUCAUUCUCUGACAAUGCCAUUCAGUUCCUUGACCCCACCCCCGCUGGCUCCAUUCAGCCCUUUCACUCCUCCUUCAGUAGCACCUUGGGCUUCCAGGUCUCCAGCUCCGCCCUGUCGAUCCCCUGGCUUCACCUCAAGCCUGUGAGCACUGGACUCCACCUAGGCCUUGCUUCCCAUCGGCUUCAACUUGGCUCCACGCUCCCUCGGGCUCCGCUGGCUCCCUCGUUCCCGUCCGCUGAGCUCUGCCUUCGCUCCGGUUCUGACAUUUUCCUCACUCCCUCCAGGCCUAUGGUGUCACCCCGGGUCUUCGUCUCCUUGCAUCUGCCUGGGUCUCCACCCCUUCUAGCUCCACCUCAGUCUGUCAGGCCUGGCUCCACCUUGGCUCCUCCCUCCAUCGGUUCAGCUGUGGGCCUUCAUCCUAAUGGAUCUGCUCUGGUCACUCCCUGGUUCCUUCCUCCAUCGUCUAGUCCCUGACUCCUCCCUCCAUCAUCUCCCCCUUCAUGUCUCUCUCUGUUGGCUCCUCGGCCUCCUUCUAAUAAUAUUUCACAAUAUUAUUGUUUUUACUGUAUUUUUUGAUCAAAUAAAUGCAGCCUUGGUGAGCAUACGAGACUUCUUUCAAAAACAUAAAAAAAUCUACCCCAUUUUAAAAGGUAGUGUAUAUUAAAAUUAGUUAUAUAAAUGUACAUAUGAAGAGUUUGGUUCCAAAACGCGCUAAACGCCAUUUUUAAAAAAUUGAGUUCUUGCCAAAAUCAGUAUUGUAUAUCGGUAUCUGGGUAUCGGUAUUGAAAAGUCAAUUUUUUAUUUUACUCAAAAUGCGAAAUCCGCUGUGUUAUUCUGUCAUGUUUUCUUCCUUUCUUUCCAAACCGUGAAAAACGCCAGUCUCCUUUCUCUGCAGAAUGCGAUAUAUCCGCUCAACCAAUCACAGCACAGCAUUCCACGCACUGUAAACAGUAAUGGUGACGCCUUGAAUACACCCGGCAUCCUAGUUUUUUUAAUAAAUCUUUGAAAAUCAAAAUCUUGAAUUUUUAAUGUUAUUAUAACCAAAAGAUGCUAUGUGAAAGUUUGAAACAGAAAAUAGUGGUUUUCAUCUUGCCACUUUCUUGGUAAAGAAAACACAUUUUUACUCAAAUUAAUCAAAAUGGAUAUAAACUUGUUGAUUCUAUUGUGAGAAUCAACAUAUGUACGUCCUAUUAUGAGAUAAAAGCUGGCACUUAAAAAUAAAUAUGAAUGAAUAUGACUGACAAAACACAGUCCUUAGUAGAUCAGUUAAGACUUUUUUUUUUUUUAUUUAUUUUUUUUUACAUGCAAUCCUUUAGUAAAUCACGGCCUGCAUGUAUUAUAUAGAUGUUUUGUUGAUGAGUCCGCUAUAUCUGGGUGCCUUCAGUCUUCUGUGUUCUAUUGAUGUACUUUGCCUUGUAUACCUGAAUAUAUUUGCGUGUGAAGCAGAAAGCAGCAUUUGAUCUUGAAAAACAAAAAAGCCUUUGACUUGUCAUGGUGGUGCCCUCUGGGAUUUUCCUGUGAUGUUUAUGUACAGAAACCUGAAGCUGUCAUGGUCCCUGAGCAGAUCGACCUGCCAGAGAACAUGUGCUUUCGCUUUUUGUUGUGGGAGAGACCAAAUUCUUUUGUCCCCCCGUGACCCAUAUCUUCAUAUUUUUUCUCUCAUCUUCAGGUUUCUGGGAGCACCUGUUUGACUUUGACAGGCGAAGUGUUUCUGUAGAACACUUGCUUUGUCCUUCUAAUUUUCCAGAAUGCACAAAUCUUUAUAUGUUUGUUUAAUUUAUGUGUAGUGGUGUAUAGGCCUAUAUGUUAACUAUCAAAACACCUUUUGUCUUUUCGCUUGAAUAUUUUAGGUUAAAUGCAAUUUCUUGGGCAUACGAUCGAUUACCACAGUAAAUAGUUUUGACUCGUCUGUCUUGUUGUAAAAACAAACAAAAAUAUAGGUAGCAAUUUACAAUGUUCCAUGUUAAAUUCAACAUUUAUUUUAAUAUUAUUAUAUAUUAUAUUAUAAUUAAUAUUAUUUAAUGGACCUGACCUGACAGAACUAACAAUGAACAGUUGUAUUUUUAUUAAUUGACCUUAACAAAGAUUAAUAAAUACUGUUAAUUAAUAAAAACAAAUGUAUUGCAAAUCAUUGUAAGUUAAUGUUAAUUCAUGCAACUAACAUUAACUAAUGAGACCUUAAUGUAAAGUGUUACCAAAAUAUUUACUGAAAAAAUGGUAACCUACAAAUAAAUUAAGUGGCUUUAUUCAUGUCAAAUCUAAAUACAUUCAUUUAUACCAACAAAAUACAUUUUUAUGCAUUAAAUCAAGUAAUCAGCUCUUCAUGUAACAGUUGCAGGUUACCAAUUUUUACAGGGUUUACAUUUGUGCACUUAAAACAGAAUCCAACAGACUUGUGAAUAAAAGUUUAAAAUAUGCUAUUAAUACAGCCAUAUUGCUAUUCAUAAAUAUUCUUAACCCUUGAACAUUACAUGUAUUAGCUUUAAAAUCUGGUGUGAAAGAAUCAAUAACAAACCCUGUUACUUGGUUACUUUCGCUCAGUAUCUGUGUUUACCAGAAUGGGCCCUGGGAGGAAUGUUAAAGUGCUGUUUACAUGGAGCAAACUAUACUGCAAUUACUUCUGUAAUGCAUAAUCAGAAGUUCAUCUGCUAGAAAAGUAUUCCCACCUUAAAAGGAUGGAUUAUGCUUUGACCCACUUGCCAUUGGAAGUGCGUUACUGUAAAUUGCAAUUGCAACUGAGAGACGAGUCAAAAUAUUUUUGUGCUAAUAGAUCUUAGAUUGUAUUUAACUCAGAAUAUUCAUGUAGUCCAUGAAUGUAAAUGACCCAAAGCUGAAGUGUGCAGCUUCUUUGGGUUAGACUUGCACUGUAAAUGCUAGACCUCACUCUGGUUGUCCUUGCUCUCUGGUGAUAUGCGUGUACG